AUGGAUUAUACGGCAUGGUCUCAUGACAGUUUGGUUGAGCGCGUUGCGCAACUGGAGACAGAGCUAAAAAGCAAGAAUCGCGGUUCGACCCCCACACCUGCCCCGCGAAAGAAAUCUUGGAAGAAGCCCCGGCAUGAUCGAGCUUUCGAUCCCGCCAAAUACCAUACUCGUCUUAUUGCCCUCAAGCUUGCGUAUUUGGGCAAGAAUUAUAACGGAUUCGAGCACCAUAUUGACACGCCCUUAUCUACAAUCGAGGAGGAGCUGUGGAAGGCGCUGAACAGGGCCCGUCUGAUCUUCCCCAAAGACACCGAUCCUCUGAACCCGGGUGAGGUGAAUUGGGAUGGGCUGGAGUAUAGCAAGUGUGGGAGGACUGACAAGGGAGUGAGUGCUUUUGGGCAGGUUAUUGGCAUUAGGGUGCGGAGUAAUCGGCCUUUGGCGCAGAAGAAAAAGUCAGAGGCCAGUGGACAAGAGGGGAUCGAGCUUGUAGAGGGCCAGCGCGAGCAGGGACAUGCCGAUGCGUUUAAAGCUUAUCCCGGGGAGAAUGGUGUUGAGAUUCGCGCUCCUCCCCUCGGCCGCUCACCCCGCGGCCCUCAUGUCCUCGACUCGGAACCACUGAACAUUCAUGACCCUGCCUUGGCCGAGGCUCUCAAUUUUGACCAUAUAGCGGAUGAAAUUCCCUAUUGCUAUCUUCUCAAUCGGCUUCUGCCUCCAGAUAUCCGCAUUCUGGCUUGGUGUCCUGCCCCACCUACCGACUUCUCAGCAAGAUUUUCAUGUCGAGAAAGAAGGUACAAGUACUUCUUCACGAAUCCAGCAUUUCCUCCAAUACCUCAUAAUCUUGAAUUCGCAAAUUCGGGUAAGGGCAGUGGGAAGAUUAAGGAUGGCUGGUUGGAUAUCGGUGCCAUGCAAGAAGCUGCGAAAUUAUUUGAAGGAACUCAUGAUUUCCGGAACUUUUGCAAGGUGGAUGCAAGCAAACAGAUUUCAAACUUUGAGCGCAUGAUAUAUCACGCUGAUAUAUCGAGCGAGUCCGCGGCGUCUAACAAAACUCUCGGCUUCCUAAAUGAUAAAAACUUUAUCCCUGAAGGCUUUGACGGUGAGGCAGCUCCACAGAUAUAUACAUUUAACCUUCACGGAUCAGCCUUCCUCUGGCAUCAAGUGAGGCAUAUAGUUGCUAUCUUGUUCUUAGUUGGACAAGGGCUAGAACCGCCUUCCAUUGUGUCAGAGUUGUUGGAUAUAGCCAAGACGCCUGGCCGGCCUACAUACGAGAUGGCAACCGACACACCCCUUGUUCUCUGGGAUUGCAUUUUCCCUCGGCAAGAUGAUCCAACCAGACAAGAUGCUUUGCAAUGGAUUUAUGUUGGUGAUGGUGUAGGAAAUGCGGAAGCUAAGUACGCCGCCAUGGGACUUGUGGAUGUUCUCUGGGAAGUAUGGAGGGAAAAGAAAAUAGACGAGGUGCUUGCCGGGAGCCUUCUUGAUAUAGUGCAAAGACAGGGGGGCGAGAUAACGGACUUAACUCUAAGCAAGAAACCGAAUAGGAGCCAGAAGGUCUUUCACGGCGCGGACCGCCCGCGGCUGCAAGGCACAUAUCAACCAGUAAUGAAGAAGCAUUUCAUGGAGAGUGUGGAUUUCAUUAACGAUAGAUAUGCAAUGAGAAAGGGCUUUGAAAAUGCGGAGGAUUUGAAAAGGCAAGGAUAUAGGACGCGGAACAAGGCAGCUGUGGAGGAGGCUGAGAACGAAUUUGUUGAAGGAGUGGAAUAG